AUGGCGUACGUGGAGGAGGCAGCGAAUGCCAUCCACCAGGAGGAGGCAGAAACCGGACUAUGGCAUCCCGUUUGCUCACCACUGAUGGAUAGCUACUUGUCGGAGUACUUUGUGCUCGAGGCGAGCUACCCGAAUGCCAUGGAUGUGUGGUGCCUGAACCUGUACAGAGGGACCACCUUCGGAUCUCUGUUCAGCACGUACCCGAGCAACUUGCCCAUGCUCAUCACUGAAUAUGGUGCAGACGCCUGGGAUGGCUACAACCAGCGCGAAUGGGCCAACUCAGAGCAGACGGACGCAUUGGUCGCCUUGGCUACCGAGCUUCGGGACUGGCGGGAAGUCGUUGCCGGAGGCUUGAUCUUCAGCUUCCAGGAUGAGUGGUGGAAAUGUGGAGCUGUGUCGACGCAUGACACAUGCGGCGGCGCCUUUGCUAACUUAGUUGAUGGCAUCGGCAACGAGGAAUGGUGGGGCCUUUAUGGCACCAGCGCUGGCGCGAACCCGCAGGCACGAAGUCCACGGGGCGCUGUCAGUGCACUGACUGAUCUGUGGGCGGCGGACAGCUUCGUCGGAGCCACGUAUGGAUCGGCGGAUGCAGACCUCUACGUCAU